ACAGGCCCAAAAACAAAACCCACUAAAACCCUCCUCCUCGUCUUCGUCCUCCUCCCUCCCACCCUCCGCAAAACCCUAGCCACCACGGCGCCCUCCCCCGUUCUCCCGCCAUGAACUACCGCUUCCACAACCUCCUGGGCGCGCCGUACCGCGGCGGCGACGCCGUCUUCGCCGGUGACUCCUCCGUCCUCCUCUCCGCCGUCGGCAACCGCGUCGCGUCCACCGACCUCUCCGCCUCCUCCUCCCUCACGCUCCCCUUCGAGUCCUCCUCCAACGUCACCCGCCUCGCCGUCUCCCCCUCGGGCGACUUCCUCCUCUCCGUCGACGACGCCGGCCGCGCGCUCUACGCCAACCUCGGCCGCCGCGCCGUCCUCCACCGGAUCGCCUUCAAGUCCGCCCCCUCCGCCGUCCGCUUCAGCCCCGACGGCAACCUCAUCGCCGUCGCCGUCGGUAAGCUCGUCCAGAUCUGGCGCUCGCCCGCGUUCCGCAAGGAGUUCUUCCCUUUCCACCUGCUCCGCACCAUCCCUGGCUUCGCCGCCGGUGUCACCGCCUUCGACUGGUCUCCCGACUCCUCGUUCCUCCUCGCCUCCUGCAAGGACCUCACCGCCCGCCUCUUGCCUGUCAAGAAAGGCCUUGGAGGCAAACCAUUCCUCUUCGUUGGCCACCGCGCCGCCGUGGUUGGCGCCUUCUUCGCCACAGAUAAGAAGACAGGGAGAGUCACUGGGGCUUACACAAUUACCAAGGACGGAGCUAUCUUUACAUGGAAUUUGGUGGAAGGAAGUGAUGAUUCGCCUCCACCUUCACCAGGGACGCCAGAGCAGGAGGCGGUACAGGAUGGUGAGGCUGAAUUGGACGGUGACGAGCCCGAAUUGGAUGGCGGGAGCAGGAAAAGGAAGAGUUUCGGAGAAUCGGAAGAACCAGACACUACCCCGCUGCAUUUCACAAGGUGGGAGCUGCAGAAAAAGGACUUCUUCAUGCAGUCACCGGCUAAGUUAACAGCCUGUGAUUACCAUAGGGAGCUUGACAUGGUGGUGGUUGGUUUCUCUAAUGGUGUAUUUGGGCUGUACCAGAUGCCAGACUUUGUGUGCCUCCACUUACUGUCAAUAUCAAGGGAGAAGAUCACUACUGCUAUUUUCAACAGUUUGGGGAAUUGGUUAGUUUUUGGAUGUGCCAAACUUGGGCAAUUACUGGUGUGGGAGUGGCGAUCAGAGAGCUACAUUUUGAAGCAGCAGGGGCACUACUUUGAUGUGAACUGCAUUGCAUACUCACCAGACUCCCAAUUACUGGCCACUGGAGCUGAUGAUAACAAAGUCAAGGUCUGGACAGUCUCCUCUGGGUUCUGUUUCAUAACAUUUUCGGAGCAUACAAACGCUGUUACUGCAGUUCAUUUUAUGGCCAAUAAUCAUUCUCUUCUCAGUGCCUCCCUUGAUGGGACUAUUCGAGCAUGGGAUCUGUUCCGCUAUCGAAAUUUCAAGACAUUUACUACUGCAUUGCCCAGACAAUUUGUUUCUUUAACGGCAGAUCAGAGUGGAGAAGUAAUAUGUGCUGGAACACUUGAUUCAUUUGAGAUAUUUGUUUGGUCAAUGAAGACUGGUCGUUUGUUGGAUAUACUCAGUGGUCACCAAGGACCAGUUCAUGGCCUAAUGUUUUCGCCAAUCAAUGCUAUUUUGGCUUCAUCAUCAUGGGACAAAACAGUUCGCCUUUGGGACGUAUUUGAGAGCAAGGGUGCAGUGGAAACUUUUCAACAUUCACAUGAUGUUCUUACUUUGGCUUAUCGCCCUGAUGGAAGACAGAUAGCAUGCAGCACACUAGAUGGCUUAAUCCAUUUCUGGGAUCCAUUUGACGGCCUGUUGAUGUAUACAAUUGAAGGCCGCAGGGAUAUUGCCGGGGGUCGUCUCAUGACUGACAGAAGAUCUGCUGCUAAUACAAGUAUAGGAAAGUACUUCACAACGUUGUGCUAUUCUGCUGACGGGACUUAUAUUUUAGCUGGAGGAAACAGCAAAUAUAUAUGCAUGUAUGAUGUUGGAGAACAGGUGCUCUUGCGUAGAUUCCAGAUCACCCGCAAUCUCUCGUUGGACGGAGUACUUGAUUUUCUGAACUCAAAGAAGAUGACGGAUGCUGGUGCACUAGAUCUGAUUGAUGAUGAGGAUAGUGAUGUUGAGGAGGGGAUCGAUCAACAAACAAGAGGCAACUUGGGGCUUGGUUUGCCUGGUUCCAUGGCAAAUCGUGGAAGGCCCAUAGCUCGGACAAAAUGCGUGAAAUUUGCUCCAACAGGAAGAUCUUUCGCUGCAGCAACCACUGAUGGUGUUCUAUUGUACUCUGUUGAUGAUUCUUUUAUUUUUGAUCCAACAGAUCUUGACAUUGAUGUUACCCCUGAGAAAGUGGAAGAAGCUCUUGAGGAAAACCAACAGCAAAGAGCCCUUCUACUCAGCCUCCGGUUAAAUGAAGACUCCUUGAUCAAGAAGUGCAUUUUUUCAGUGGAUCCAUCCAAUGUACGAGCAAUUUGUUCAUCAACACCCUUGAAGUAUCUUCAGAGAUUAAUCGAAGCAUUUUCUGACCUUUUGGAAAGUUGUCCCCAUCUUGAAUUUAUUCUCCUCUGGUCUCAGGAGCUAUGCAAGAUUCACGGAAACUAUAUUCAACAAAACUCCAGAGCCUUGCUUCCUGCUCUGAAGUCGUUUCAGAAGUCUAUAACAAGAAUUCAUCAGGAUUUGGCCGACACUUGUUCUUCUAAUGAGUACAUGUUGAAGUAUCUGUGCUCUUCUGGGACGAGGAAUUAGGUUAUGGUUGAGAAAUGCUGACAAUUCAAUACUAUUGCAGGAAAGUGUUAACUGAGCAGCAGCACAUCAUCAGGCACCAGCUGAGUACUGGCCAUCUGUACUGGACGCGAUUCUCCGCGCUGCAGUCCUCGCCACAACUCGUCGGCCGAAGAGCGAGUCGACCUGAGGCUUCGUCAGGCAGUGUGUUGCUUUUUUUGCCCAAAAGAUGGACCCUCUCGUCGACCAUGAAAAUUUUCCUUGUUGCCUGGUGUACUUUUCCUUGUUGGAUCUUGGAUGAUGUGUGUACACACCUUACUGAAAUUUUGUCACCCAGUUUUGUUGAAACGAUCCAGAAAGAAUAUAUCAUGCAUCACAAGUAUGGAGUACUUGUGGGUUUCCUAAUGCAUCAAUGUUCUUUUUUUAA